CAGUUCGUUGCUGUAAUAAUCUUUAUACUGUCUUGGCGAACAAGAGGCACAUGGAGAGAGGGAGAUGAGGAAAAUCUGGGGGUAAGUUCUAGUCUUUCGUAUUAACCACACCCACAAAGACAUUUCUCAGCACUGCGCUCCCUUACCUGGCGAGCAGAGCCAAGUCUGUGCACUAAAGGAGUCAAACGAACUAAAAGAAACGACAGAUCAUCGGGGAAUAAACACGUGCUUGCAUCGGUUUGGAACAAUUAUGGAUUAACCUUCUUGGGUCUGAAGAGAAACUGCUACCAAGAUACUUAACUGCCAGACUAGACCAUGGACUGGAAAACCUUUCAAGCCCUCCUCAGUGGGGUGAACAAAUACUCCACGGCAUUUGGGCGUCUUUGGCUGUCAGUGGUGUUUGUGUUCAGGGUGUUGGUGUAUGUGGUGGCAGCAGAACGAGUGUGGGGUGACGAGCAGAAAGACUUUGACUGCAACACCAAGCAGCCCGGCUGUGCCAACGUCUGCUAUGAUCACUACUUCCCCAUCUCCCACAUCCGCCUAUGGGCCUUGCAGCUCAUCUUUGUCACCUGUCCAUCAUUAAUGGUGGUCAUGCAUGUGGCGUAUCGUGAUGACCGUGAGCGCAAGUACAAGGCCAAGCAUGGUGAGAACACCAAGCUGUACAACAACACGGGCAAGAAACAUGGCGGCUUAUGGUGGACUUACCUGAUCAGCCUCUUUGCUAAGACGGGCAUUGAAAUCGCCUUCCUCUAUAUCCUCCACCGAAUAUACAACAGCUUCUACCUGCCAAGGCUGGUCAAGUGUGAAGUGUCGCCUUGCCCGAACAUUGUGGACUGCUACAUUGGUCACCCCACUGAAAAAAAAGUCUUUACAUACUUCAUGGUCGGAGCUUCAGCCCUCUGCAUCGUCCUGAAUAUCUGUGAGAUCUUUUAUCUCAUCUACAAGCGCAUUGUACAGUGUGCAAAAAAGGUUAAAAGACGCAACCGCGCCAUGGACAUCCAACAUGACGACUUUGAGGACCCCUUUAACAACUCCAACCGUGUUGGGUCGAAGCAUGAUCUAAAGGAAAAGCCUUCAUUCCUCAAAUCUUCAUACAAGUUUCCUCCAUACAGACCAUCUGCAAUCAGACUUGAGGAGAAGAUACGAGCCUCUGCUCCUAACCUAUCUAUCUCAUGAUCAGAGCUGAAACCAAGGCCAAAGAGCAAAAGCUCUGCAGAGUUUGGGCUGCAAUCCAAAGACAGAACUAAAAAAAUGAGAGACUCAGAACAAUGAGCCAAACUACAUUCUGUCAGAGCCUGGAAGUUGAGUCAUCAGUACUGGAUUCAUCCUGUGGACCCUUGUGUCCACAUGCAACACUUAAGGAGCACAUGAACUUUUGUUUUGGCUUGAAGCAAAAUUGGUCUCUUAGUGAUAUGCGGUUUGAAUUUUUUAAUAAAGGUUCACUGCGCGGUGAGGGGUUGGUGGUGGUAAUGAAUCCUCCCUGCCAGUAUCCACAUGUCUGAGCACCCUACCUCCUGUUUUGCUUCUGUGAUCCCUUUAUUUUAAUUUGAACUUAAAUCAUGGAUUUCCUUUCCCAGUUUUAUAGUAAAGUGUUGUGCAGCAGAGUGUGGAGGCUCGUUUGGUGAUACGUAUGUUUGAGGAAUAGUAGAAAUUGUGCAAACUGGCUUAAAAAAUGAGUUUUCUAUUGCAUUUAGGAUCAACUAUGGUAACAAAAAAUGCAUUUAUUGUUGUUGCAUUGUUCCUUCUGAAUCCUUGGUAGACAUGUUGCUUGGUCUCAGUUUAUGCUGUAGACACGCUGUGUUUUGACGUACUUGUACACAACGCCGUCUGAUCCAAGACCACUGUUGAUUUUAAAGGUGAAAGGAAUGCUGCUGUUUAAUUCAGUGCUGGAAGACUGUGGACACGCACACGGCUCACGGAACUGUAUUCAAGUAUUUUUGUGAGUCAUUCAUCGGCGACUGUGGAAGCUCUGAGGAAUUGUAUUUCCUGUCCUUGUUAUUAUUUCAUUUUUAUAAUUGUAAAGAUGUUAAAUGUUUGGAA